GUGUGUUCCUUACAAACAGAGCAACCAAAACAACCGAACAAGUUUCGCUACUUUGUUCUGGUUUGAACCUGGCCUGACUACACUUCUCAGUCUGACUACCCCCGCGCUUGACUACCGACGAGCAUACAAAGGAAAACAAGAAGGAAAACAAAAAACAAAGCGGUGGACGACAAAACCCUCCCUUUGGAACAAAAAAAAAAAGCCCCCACCCUCCAGUGCACACAACUCAAGCAGCCUGCAACAAGACCCAUACAAACAAAAUGUCGCGAAGGCUCACACUGAUUGUCACCGACAGCGACGGCUUGGACAGCGAAGACCACGCCUCAGAAGGUAGCAAUAGCCCGGCGCCAGUCAGCCCACAGCAACUCAUUCCCGGUGGUGGCGGAGCUGCGGGCAUGCUCGGCGUGGACGGCGAGAAUGGCUCGGAAGGCUCGUCACGCAUGAAGCGACGGUCGUCGUUGCGCGCCGUCUCGCUUGACGAGAGCUCGUCUUCCUCGGGCAAGCCCAAGAUGGUUCGCAGAGGGCUCAAUCGCUCCAUCGUCUCGGCGAGUGGCAGUGGGCUGUCCGGAGGCGACAGCUCGGCCGGCCCUUCUGGCGACGAGGACGAGGACACGGAUGGCGAGACGAGCACCACCGCGUCGCUCCUGCAAGACACAGUGCGACUUGUUCUCGACAAGGCGCCCAAAGACCGCACUCCCGACGAAGUCAAGUCGCUUGUCAAAGACCUCGAAAUUCUCAGCGCGUUUGCGGCACUCAAGACGACCGCGCGGCGGGAACUGUGCGCAGCCAUGACGCUGCGGCUGUUUGCCGAGUCCAACCAGAUUAUUGACUUGGUGGACGAGUACUGCAACCCGCAGUGGUUUGCCGUCAUCCGCGGCUCGGUCGACGUUGUUGUGGAUGGCGACAUUCUCUGCACUAUCAAAGAGGGCGAGUGCUUUGGCCACCAACCAUUCGUGGUCGAGGGCGUGCGCCGAACGGAUGCCACCAUCAUGACGCGCGAAGAUUCCUGUGAACUCGUCACUGUUUCGUUGGAAGAGUAUGAGCGCAUCUUGAAGCUGGUUGAAAGCAACACGACGCGCGUCGAAGAAGGCGGCAAGGUCGUGCUCGUUCUCGAAAAGCGGACCGCCGCCGACUCGUCCGGCGAAACCGUCAACGAGCUGAUUGUGACGGCCACAGUGGACAAGCUCAUCGAGCGACUCGUGUUGGACGAGCAGCAUGUUUCGGACAAGUUUUACGUUUCAGACUUUUUCCUGACCUACCGCACCUUUAUCUCGAGCGAGGAAGUGAUCAAUCGCUUGCUCGCCCGUCUCGCACAGCCAGCUUGCACGAAGCAGGUGAACGGAGCCUCCCGCUCGGAGGCUCAGGUCAUUGCGUUCGUGGUGCUCUUCUGGCUGCACAACCAUGCUGCGAUCGACUUUGCCGGGAAACUGCCCAUGCUUGAUGCGCUUGCCAAGUUCGAGGGCUAUCUCAACAAGUAUGAGAUGAACCGCGAGGUGCGGCAGUUGGCCUCCGCCAAGGAAAGCACCGGCCUUGUCCCAAAGUCUGCCGAGACUCAAACUUUGACAAAGUCCCUCUCGAUCGACAAUGCCGACCCCAAAGCCAUGGCAAAUCUCUUCAAGCGCAAGUCGUCGUUUGCUGGUCGCUUCCUUGGCCGCGGCAAGGACACUGAGAAGGGCAUUGCGACCGCGCUGGGCGGCGCUCUGGCCAUGGUCAACGGCGGCACCCCGUCCCCGUCCUCGCCGCUGGUUGAGGCAGCUGCUGCCGAAGGCGACAUGGACGUCAUCAAGAUUUAUCGACACGACCUGACGCACAAGUUUCUUCUUGUGCGCAAGAACACGACCGCACAAGAGGUUGUCGUCCAGGCUGUGGAGCAGUUCGGCAUCAAGGCCAAGCACGAGAACGAGUACUCUCUCAUGCAAGUGUUUGUUUCUGAAAAGCAGUCCAUGGUACGACCAACACAAGACAACCUGGCUGCCAGCCUCAGCAUCAACGCCCGCUUUUAUCUGCGCUACAAUUUGAAUCCCGAGCGCUUCCCCGCUCCAGAGUCAAUUGCGAUUGAGGGCGAGAGUCAAUUACUCAACAUGGAGCCCUUGGAUGUGGCCCGCGAGCUGACCAUCCUCGACUCGCAGCUCUUCCGUGACAUUCAAGUGCAAGAGUACGUCGAACACUUGUUCAAGCUCGGUAUCGCCCAGACCGACGCGCUCAACAAGUUUGUCGACCGCUUCAACAUGAUCAACUUUUGGGUCGUCAACGAAAUUGUCAUGACGCGCGAUGUCAAGCGUCGCGUCGAUGUCAUCAAGGCGUUUGUGGCGAUCGGCAAGCACCUGCGCACCUUCAAGAACUACAACUCGCUGUUUGCCAUCGUCUCGGGCUUGUCCAACACGGCCAGCACGCGCCUGAAGGAGACUUGGGAGAAGGUCCCCAAGCGCGUGUCCGAGUCGCUCAAGGAGCUGGAGGCGCUCAUGAAUCCCUCGCGCAACAUGGGCAUCUAUCGCGCGCUGCUGGCCGACUCGAGCGCACCAAUGACGCCCUUCUUCCCGCUCCUGAUCAAGGAUCUUGUCUUUAUCCACGAAGGCAAUCCAUCCAAGGUCGACGGCAUGAUCAACUUUGAAAAGCUGCGCAUGAUUGCGCGCACCCUGCGCACGAUUUCGGACAUGUGCCUUAUCGCCUACGAGUCGGACGAUUUCGGCGACGCAAAUUCCAAGGACGGCCGAGGCACAGUGCGAGGCGGUGGCACGUCCUCCUCGUCUGUCUUCCGAAAAAUGUACGAGCAGGGCCGCAUGAAGUACUAUAUUAUCGAGUAUUUCCGCGAUCUCAAAGUGGAGCGAGACCAGGUCAAGCUGAACGAAGGCGCUGCGCUUUUGGAGAAGGGAGCUGGCACUGUUCGUCGCUCCUCGCCGAAUGUCCAACUCCAAUGAUUGUAGUAGUGGUUUCCACCAGUCUUGCAAAUCCUGUGUCUAGUUGUUGUAUUUGUUUGCCUGUUUCUUCUUGCUCUUCUUCUUGUUCUUGUUCUUGUUCUGCUUAUCUCUGUGUCAUGCUCAUCCCUGUUUGCCACCAGCCUUACCGGAAUUUGGUUUGUUGUUUCAUUCGUGCGCCCCUUUUCGUUGGUUUUUUUUUUAUUGCUUUGGUUUUGUAUUGUGUUGCGUGUCUGCUGCAUGUCAGAGCCGGGUGUUCUUGCAUGUUCUAUUUCUUCUCCCCUUGCCACACUUUUCCCCAUCUUGUCUGAAAAUACAAACAAUGGUUCAAAAUCGGA